GUGGAGUACUUUGUUGUUUUUUUUUUUUUUUUUGAUCCGCGGAGUACUUUGUUGUUCCCUUGAACAAAAAAGGUUACUACUAGCCCUCGUUUCCAUGUCGCGCUCUCUCGUUUUGAUUCUCCAAUCAUCUGCCUAACCCUAACUAACCAUUCACUCAAUUUCUUACACGUACUCACGUACACAGAGAGAGAGAGAGAGAGAGAGAGAGAGAGAGAGAGAGAUUCCGAUGUGCUAAAUGGGUGCGACGGGAUCCAAGCUCGAGAAAGCGCUGGGCGACCAGUUCCCCGAAGGCGAGCGAUACUUCGGACUCGAGAAUUUCGGCAACACUUGCUACUGCAACAGCGUCCUACAGGCUCUGUAUUUUUGUGUUCCAUUCCGCGAGCAGCUAUUAGAAUAUUAUGUGAAUAACAAAAGUCUUGCUGAUACGGAAGAAAAUCUUUUGACAUGUCUGGCAGACUUGUUUUCACAGAUAAGUUCACAAAAGAAGAAAACAGGUGUCAUUGCUCCAAAGCGUUUCGUGCUGAGAUUGAAGAAGCAAAAUGAAAUAUUUCGCAGCUAUAUGCACCAAGAUGCCCAUGAGUUUUUGAACUAUUUGCUGAAUGAACUUGUUGACAUAUUGGAGAAAGAAUCCCAUGCUGCAAAGGGUGAUGCUGAAAAUUCAUCAUCACCAUCUGAAAAGGUUGCAAAUGGGCCAAAGGCUAUUCAUGAGAAUGGUGCUAAAAAGGAGCCUCUUGUCACUUGGGUGCACAAAAAUUUUCAGGGUAUACUCACAAACGAAACACGGUGCUUGCGAUGUGAGACGGUAACAGCAAGGGAUGAAACCUUUUUUGACUUGAGCCUUGAUAUUGAACAGAACAGUUCCAUCACGAGCUGCUUGAAAAAUUUUAGUUCCACUGAGACUUUAAAUGCUGAAGACAAAUUCUUUUGUGAUAAGUGCUGCAGUUUGCAGGAGGCCCAGAAGAGAAUGAAGAUAAAAAAGCCACCUCAAAUUCUCGUAAUUCAUCUAAAGCGAUUCAAGUACAUUGAGCAGCUGAGCCGGUACAAAAAAUUGUCAUACCGUGUUGUAUUUCCACUUGAGCUAAAGUUGAGCAAUACAGUGGAAGAUACCGAUUCAGAGUACUCCCUAUUUGCUGUAGUCGUUCAUGUUGGGAGUGGACCCAACCACGGACACUAUGUCAGCCUAGUGAAAAGCCAUAACCAUUGGUUGUUUUUCGAUGAUGAGAACGUGGAGAUAAUUGACGAGUCAGCAGUGCAAACUUUCUUUGGUUCGGCACAGGAGUAUUCAAGUAAUACGGAUCAUGGGUACAUCUUGUUCUACGAGAGACUUGGCAUGGUUUCCUCCGAGGGAGUAAUUUUCUAAUUUGAACCAAUUCUUGUUAUUGCUUGUACUCUUUUUUUAAUCCUUAUAUGUUGUUGGAGAGCUCUUGCGUUUAGUUAGGUGAGAUGAAAUGUGAAGGAAUAUAUUCAGUUGGCUGGUUGCCAUGUACAGUGGAUGGUGGAAGCUCACUAUCCUUUGAUUUUCCAAGAAUAAGGUGAAAAGAAAAGGUACUAGUGUAUAUCAGGGUGUGGGAAUUUGCGAGUUUUCAACUUGGAGUAGCUAUGCAAUGGUAUCCUAUUACUCCUUGACAUUCUUCAUUUGUGGUAUUGAAGGUGUAAUCUCAAUUUCAAGAUUUUGUAGUGUAUAUGGAUUUUGGCUAUCUAAAAUAUUUUCCUUCUCA